AAAGUUAGAAAUCCCAAUUCCCAAUAUAGAGUGAAGUCUGGAUCAGUUACGCCCACUAGGGAAUGCAGAGAGAUGAGAGGUUUGCCGCUUUCUAAACCCAAGUUUGGCGGCAGAGCCCACAAACCACCGCACUCCGGCGGCCGAACUUGUCACCGGAAACACGUCGAGGACGGGUGAUUCGUCCCCUCUCCUACCUUUUAGUAAUCCUAAACUAUAUUGUUCAUAAACUUAAAAGUUAUUGAAAUAGUAUUUCUCAUAGUUUGAAUAUUCUGAGAUUAGAAAUAGUACUAUCUGAGAUUCAAUAAUGGCUGCGGCGGAGGAGAAAUGCGGCGCUCUGAACGGGAAAUACGAGCUCGGGAGGCUGUUGGGACACGGCACGUUCGCUAAGGUUUACCACGCCAGAAACCUUCUGACGGGGAAGAGCGUUGCGAUGAAGGUAGUCGGGAAGGAGAAAGUGAUUAAGGUGGGAAUGAUGGAGCAGAUAAAGCGCGAGAUCUCAGUGAUGAAGAUGGUGAAUCACCCGAAUAUUGUGGUUCUCCAUGAGGUGAUGGCGAGCAAAACGAAGAUCUACUUCGCCAUGGAGCUCGUCCGCGGCGGCGAGCUCUUCGCCGCCGUCUCCAAAGGCCGGAUGCGUGAGGAUGUGGCCAGGAAUUACUUCCAGCAGUUGAUUUCCGCCAUAGAUUUCUGUCACAGCCGCGGUGUCUACCACCGGGACUUGAAGCCGGAAAAUCUUCUCCUAGACGAAGACGGGCACCUGAAGGUGACAGAUUUUGGUCUGAGCGCGUUUUCCGACCACCUCCGGCAAGACGGAAUGCUCCACACGACCUGCGGCACGCCGGCAUACGUUGCGCCGGAGGUUAUCGCGAAGAAGGGAUACGACGGGGCGAAGGUGGACAUAUGGUCGUGCGGGGUGAUCCUCUACGUCCUCCUCGCCGGAUUCCUCCCGUUCCAAGACGACAACAUUGUCGCCAUGUACAAGAAGAUCUACAGGGGGGAUUUCAAAUGCCCGCCGUGGUUCUCACCGGAAUCCCGAAAACUGGUGACCAAAAUGCUUGACCCGAACCCGGAAUCGAGAAUCAGCAUCGCCAAAAUCAUGGCCUCCCCCUGGUUCAAGAAAUCAAUCCCCAGAGCCAUGAAGAACAACCACGAAGACGAAGAUUCAUCAGCCAAAGAAGUCGAGACAUUGAAUGCCUUCCAUAUCAUAUCCCUCUCUCAAGGGUUCGAUUUAAGCCCUCUCUUCCAGGAGAAGAAAAUUGGCCGAGAGGAGAUGAGAUUCGCCACCACAGAAUCUGCCAGCAGUGUGAUUUCAAAGCUCGAAGCGGUGGCGAAAACCAGUAACUUCAGUGUGAAGAAGAGCGACUCCAACGUGAGGUUGCAGGGACAUGAGAGUGGGAGGAAGGGGAAAUUGGGAAUUUCAGCGGAUAUCUUCGCCAUGACGCCGUCAUUCCUGGUGGUGGAGGUGACACACUGGAAUAUAACCAGUUUUGGAGCAAAGAGCUAAAGCCUGCCCUAAAGGACAUUGUUUGGACAUCUCCUGAUGAACAAAACUCAACCCCUUCUUGAAUAAAAAUUAGUGAAAAAAAUCAGCUUUAAUCUCCUUUCUUGUAAUUAUCAUUGUUGUUAUUCUUAUUGUGUUGUGUUAAGUUUGUGAUUAGAAUCUCCUAAUUGGGUUGUCAAAUAAUGAAAAUUUGUCUUGUAUCCACUUAAUUAGUAUUAAAUUUUGUCGGGAUGUUUCCAUCAAAUCAUUAUGGUUUUGAUUAAAAAGCAAUAGUAUGGUUAUCUUAUUAAAGUGAAGAAGUCAAAGAGAAAGUUGUAGUUUAGGCCUUAGGGUGUUAUAUUUCUAUCCUUUAGGGCCAUUUUUCUUCACCCUUCGAUAGUAAACUGUUCAAAGAUUUGUGAUUCAGAAUCCUUCUGAUAAUUAUCACUUGUUCCAUUCAAUAGUGGGUCGCCUUCCUCAGAAUGUUGGAUAAGAACCUGCAGCAAGGUCAGCCGGUAUGAAGGGAGUGAUAUAAAGGCAAGUUUGUGAUUCAGAAUCCAGCUUCUUAUACAUUCGUUUGUAAUUUAUAUUCUGCUAGAUAACUAUCCAAUGAGUCUUGGCCCGUAUGGCUCUCAAAGGGGUGUCAUACUUGUUUGGGUUAGAAGUCUUAUGAAGGGUUUAGAUUUAAACUUGAUAUUAAAACUUAAUGGUAAAAUAGAACCGUUCAUACUAGUCAAGACCUCUCUUCAUGUGAAGUCAGAUCAGUCCAAAUAAACACUUCUUUGAUUAUGAAACUCAAAUCAC